UUCUGCCUAAAUUGCUUGAAAUGCCGUUUCCUUCGCCACGGCCUCUAUGGAAUCUCACUAAUCUCCCGACCAAAAACAAUCUCACUAGUCUCCGCUUCCUUCAAUUUUUCUGUUCUUCAAACCACUAUACUAUAGAACAAACAUGAAAAUCAUGGUGGCCAUCAAGCGAGUCAUAGAUUAUGCCGUGAAAAUCAGAGUUAAACCCGAUAAGACUGGUGUUGAGACCAAUAAUGUGAAGAUGUCAAUGAACCCAUUUUGUGAAAUAGCUUUGGAAGAGGCGCUGAGAAUCAAAGAGUCGGGACUGGCUUCGGAGGUGGUGGCUGUGAGUAUGGGCCCGGCUCAGUGUGUUGACACCCUCCGUACUGGUCUGGCCAUGGGUGCGGACCGGGGGAUUCAUGUGGAGGCACAAGGUACACUUUAUCCACUUUCGGUAGCAAAGAUUCUUAAAGCUCUUGUUGAGAUUGAAAAGCCUGAGCUUCUUGUACUCGGCAAACAGGCAAUUGAUGAUGAUUGCAAUCAAACGGGCCAAAUGAUUGCAGGCCUUCUCAACUGGCCACAAGGGACCUUUGCUUCCAAGGUUGUGCUGGACAAAGAGAAACAAGUAGCAACAGUGGACAGAGAGGUGGAUGGUGGCCUUGAGACUUUGUGUUUAGACCUGCCAGCAGUAAUCACCACUGACUUGAGGCUGAACCAGCCGAGGUAUGCAACACUUCCCAACAUAAUGAAAGCCAAAUCUAAGGUCAUAAAGAAAUUUAAGCCAGAGGAGUUGAAUGUGGAAAUCAAGCCGGACUUGGAGGUUAUUCAAGUGAAUGAACCACCGAAGAGAAAGGCAGGGGUUAUUGUUUCUUCUGUUGAUGAGCUGAUCGACAAGCUUAAAAAUGAAGCUCAUGUCAUUUGAAUAUGGUUGAGACGGUUUCUGCUCAAUUCAAUCUGCUGAUGAAUUUCACAUAAUCAAAUGUUCAUGGCUCCGUGUAACAUCAAAAUUCUACAUCACAUUAAGUGUAAAACCGUUCAGGAUCCAUUCAAUAAAGGUUUUCUGUUAGCCUGUUAUUCUUUUAUUUGCUGCUGAUUUACCACGAAUAUGGAUCGAUUUUGAUUAGUUUGAAAUGUUUAUGUAUAUGAAAUUCUAAAGUAAUGGGAUAAGUAGGAGACCAUUUCUGCUAGCUACAGACAUGCUGGUGCAGAUUGCUAAGCAACCAAUUGUAUCCAUUUAAAUGGCUGCAAUAAAAUGCAUGACCUAUGAGCCGGAGAAACCAGGAAGGCCAGCUUGGCCACUUGUUUUCUGCUGUAAGUCGCCCCUGAACAGAUAGGCAGGCUGGCAGCUAGCUAUAACCUGCAACAAUGCCGGUGAUUUUCUAAUGCAGAUGACUUGGGUUCAGUCCGAGCAAAUUAUUCAGAGGAAAAUUAGACUGGCCUUCUUCGACAUGCCAAUUUUAUCACAGUAGUUAAUGUUACAGAGAAACGGGUGUACAUUUUACCAGCUACUUUUGCGACUGGAAUGGAGCUUCUCCUCUUUCUCCAUCAAGGUACGUAUGCGACUUAGAUUCCAUCC